UCUAAAUGGAAAAUCGAUCCACCUUCAUUCUUAUUACAAAUGGCUUUCUAUAUGACCCCACAGUUACAGUUUUAUCUGGAUUUUAAUAAUUAACUAGCUCUUCAGAAAGUAUUUGAAUAGAAUCCAUCUUCAUUUGAAUAGAAUGCUUGUUUAAUUUAGUUAAUGCUAACUUUGUGGCCCGUAACACUAUCUUUUUUGCAUCUAUAGUUUAUAUUCUAUCGAUAUGAGCACUUUACUUUAUUGGGAAAGUAAAUGACUUCAGUUGAGCCUUCAAACUGUUUGACAAUAGACGUGGUCAUGGUUUUUCCGUUGGUGAAGAUAUUUUUCGGCUAUUCACUGGCAAUUGGAAUUACUUCCCAACGACUGCUCAAUCAAAGGUUCCGGAGUUCUCCAUUUUCCCGGGCUUAUGCAUUGGUUGUCAAUAUCGUUACGGUUACCCUGCUGCCCAUAGUUAUGUGGAGACUUCGUUUGGUUUUUCAAUCGAAAAAGAACUUUCCACAUCUCAUUUUGAUUACCUAUAACGUUAGGUAUGUGGUGUCCUAUUUGGUCAUACUGUAUACGGUUCUAUCGCGAGGAUUUCGUGAUACAGCGUUUAAGGAAAUGCAACCAUUGUUGCUUAAAUUACGUCAGAAGGAGGAGCAAUGUGGAAAAGUACGAGCAACACGGCAAUCGUUAAUGGUUUUAAUUUAUGUAAAGUUCUUCACCCUGUUCUGGAUGUGCUUCACCGAAACAGCUUACCUUUUUCAUUCGAACGACACUAUUAACUGGACCAACGUAGCCACAUUUAUAUUCUUGACAAAUGCUGUAAAUAUUCUGGAAAUGGUGCCAAUGAGUUAUUUUCUAGCUAUGUGGCACAUUGCGCGAGGCUUUGAUUAUGUCAAUCAACGCUUGGAUGAAAUAGUAAAAUCAACAUCUUCGACAGAAUUGAAGGAGCUGCAAGAUCUCUGGUUACUUCAUGCAUGUCUAACAAAAACAACGCUUAAUAUAAAUAAGAUCUUUGGUCCUCAGAUGUUAGCCUCCCGAUUCAAUUACUUUAUAAUUGGUGUAAUCCAAGGUUAUUGGGGAGCGUUCUUCGCCUUUGACGAGUCUACACCCGUGUAUUGGAUAAUAUACGGUUCUGUUGGGUAUCAAAUUCGUACACUGGACAAUUAUCUCAUCGACCACAUGGUCGAUUUGGUGUUGGAGUAUCAGAACUCGGCUAAGCACGCUUGGAGUGAAAGGCGCUGGACGAAAGAGAUAAGUGGAUAUGUGACUUACGCCAACAGUUCGAAGCUACAUCUGUGGACUUGUGGACUUUUUCAACCAAAUCGAAGUCUUUGGUUUGACAUGAUUAGCAGUGUAUUUUAUUAUAUGUUAAUGCUGUUGCAGUUUCAUCUAGUUAUGGGGAAGUGAUUUUAUAAAUU